AGGAAGGACAAACCGUGCUGACUGCUGAAAACGACACUUAAGCGGCAUUUGAGGCCCAUGUGUAUAUAGCGUAGCUUAGCUAAGCUACUGAGGCGGUCGGCGCAAUGGCAGCACAUUUGAAAAAGCGGGUGUACGAGGAAUUCUCAAAAGUUGUUCAGCAGCACUCCCAUGAAGAAGCCCCCACCAAGAAGCUCCGCCUCAGCAAGCCCAGCAAAUCGGCAGCCCUGCACAUCGACCUGUGCAAGGCCAGCUCUCCCACCGACGCCCUGCAGUAUCUGCUGCAGUUCGCCCGCAAGCCCGUGGAGGCAGACAGCGUGGAGGGCGUGGUGCGCAUCCUGCUGGAGCAUUACUACAAGGAGACGGACAGCUCCGUCAGGCUGAAGAUCGCCUCCCUGCUCGGCCUGCUGUCUAAAACGCAGGGCUUCUCCUCCGACUGCAUCGUCGAUGAUGUCAUUAACACACUUAACAGUGAAAAAUCCCACCAGGUGCUGGCACAACUGCUGGACACACUGCUGGUCAUCGGGACCCAGCUCCCUGAAGGUGUCAACGUCAGACUCAGACUGAUCGACGUGGCUUGCAAGCAUCUGGCUGACACAUACUUCGGGGUGAGGAACAAGUGCCUUCAGCUGCUGGGAUGCCUGGGUCCGGUGGACAAGCCCCCAGCUAGGGAGGGUGAGGGUGGGGCAGUGGGCGUGGCCUCCAGGGACGUGCAGGGCAUCAUCAGUGACUACUUCGGGGACCAGGACCCCAGGGUUCGCACCGCAGCCAUCAAAGCCAUGCUGCAGCUGCAUGAGAGAGGGAUGAAAUUACAGCAGACCGUGUACAGCCAGGCCUGCAAGCUGCUCUCCGAUGACUAUGAGCAGGUCCGCUCUGUGGCCGUGCAGAUGGUUUGGGUGCUGAGCCAGCUCUACCCCGAGAGCAUCGUCCCAAUCCCCUCGUCCAAUGAAGAAAUCCGACUGGUGGACGACUCGUUUGGAAAGAUCAGUCACAUGGUCAGCGACGGCUCAUGGGUGGUCAGGGUCCAGGCUGCAAAAAUACUGGGUUCGAUGCAGCAGGUGAGUCCACAUUUUUUGGAGCAGACGCUGGACAAGAAACUGAUGUCAGACCUCAGGAGGAAGCGGACGGCCCACGAGAGAGCCAAGGAGCUAUACAGCUCCGGCGAGUUCUCCUCGGGCAGGAAGUGGGCAGACGACGCCCCCAAGGAGAAGGUGGACACCACGGCGGUGAACUUGAUGGACUCGGGGGCGUGCGGGGCGUUCGUGCACGGCCUGGAGGACGAGAUGUACGAGGUCCGCAUUGCGGCGGUUGAAGCCCUGUGUGCACUGGCCCAGUCCUCGCCCAGCUUUGCGGAAAAGUGCCUGGACUUCCUGGUGGACAUGUUCAAUGACGAGAUCGAGGAGGUGCGUCUGCAGUCCAUCCAUGUCCUGCGGCAGAUCUCCACCCAUAUCACCCUCAGGGAAGACCAGCUGGACACGGUCCUGGCUGUGCUGGAGGACUCCUCACGGGACAUCAGGGAGGCUCUUCACGAGCUGCUAUGCUGCACCAACGUCUCCACCAAGGAGUGCAUCCAGCUGGCUUUGCUGGAGCUGCUGAAGAACCUGGCCAAGUACCCCACCGACCGCAACUCCAUCUGGAAGUGUCUGAAGUUUUUGGGGGUACGACACCCAACCUUGGUCCUGCCCAUCGUCCCUGAGCUGCUGAACACGCAUCCAUACUUCGACACCCCCGAGCCUGACAUGGACGACCCAGCCUACAUAGCGGUGCUCGUGUUAGUGUUCAACGCGGCGCAGUCCUGCCCCACCAUGACGGCCCUGUUCUCAGACCAUACCCUCAGACACUACGCCUACCUGCGUGACAGCCUCUCGCAUCUGGUGCCACAGCUCAGGCUGCCGGGCCGGAAGCUGACAUGCAGCGCGGAACUGAGCGGUCCUGCGUCCAGCGUGGAGUCGGCCCAGCGCUUCCUGAAGGAGAGCCUGUCCAGGGUGUGUGGCCUGCAGCACCUGGACACACGAGGGGCCCAAGCCCUGCUGGAGUUCACCAUCAGAGACCUGCAGAGGCUGGGGGAGCUGCAGAUGGAGCUGGCCGGGGCAGCGGACUUCUCUGCCACCUACCUGCACUGUCAGCUGCUGCUCACGAAAGCUCUGCAGGAGAAGCUGUGGAGCGUGGCUGUCCCACUUUACCUGAAACAAAACGCUAUGGCAACCGCAGCUGCCAAACAGAUCCUGGAGGAGACGUACAAGCUGGAGUUCCUCUACGGCGGUCUGGAGAGCCAGCAGGUGGCCAUCAUCCACCACAUGCGGCUGCAGGCCAAGGCUCUGCAGCUAGUGCUCAUGGCACGGACUCGCAAGGGGGUGGAGCCUCUCCUAGGUGUCUGUGAGAAGUUUCUUCAAGAAGUGGAGGCUUUUCAGAGGCUCUUCAUUGCAGAGCUUCCGCACCUCCAGGACAGCUUUGUGGAGAAGCUGCUGGAGCUGAUGCCUAGGCUUGUGGCCUCCAAGCCCGCGGACCUCAUGAAGAUCCUGCAGACUACUCUGAGACAGAGCGGAUUCCUGCAGCUCAAGCUGCCUGAGCAGAUCCACCGUGCGACAGCGACCAUAAUCGAACCCACGGGAGAAUCAGACAAUCCGCUGCGGUUCACCUCUGGGCUGGUGGUGGCCCUGGACAUCGACGCCACCUUGGAGCACGUGCAGGAUCCCCAGACCACAGUCAAAGUUCAGGUGUUGUACCCCGAUGGACAUUCGCAUAUUAUUCAUCCCAAGCCCGCAGACUUCCGGAAUCCAGGUCCCGGAAGGCACCGGCUCAUCACACAGGUGUAUCUGUCCCACUCCGCCUGGACAGAGCCGUGCCAGAUCGAGGUCAAGCUGCUGUUGGCAUACGGCUCCAGUUCAGGGCCCGGCUCCAGCAGGAGCCCCUGGAGUGAGAGCACGGAGGGCCUCCAGUCCACAGAGAGCGCCAUCGAGGGCACCAUCCCCUUGAGCAAAGCCGUUAAGGUGUUCAUUAUGCCCAAGCCAGCACGCCGCUGACCUCUGCUGGACGUGGAAAGCUACAGGCUGGGGGAAUCCCCUCACAUGCAACAACGGAGUGCCGCAUGUGGGACUGCUAGUUAAUGCAUACAGCUGACAACAUUCCUCAGAGACUGUCUCUCAGAGAUUCUUCAUUAAUGUCUCUCUUCAUAUUAGUGGGCAAAUUUAGUAGCAGCUCUAUUUUAGUGUGUAUUUUUUUUUGAGGUUGAAAGAAGGUCUAGGCGAAGCGUCUGCUGCAGUCAAACUCAAAGGGAGAUCAAAGUAGCCUCUUUAUUAUUUUUUACAGCCAAAACAAAAGAUGAGCCAGUGUUAAAAAUCCAUUUACACCCUUAUACGCUUCCCGCCAGCUCACCUUAAAUACACAGGCAGAUGGGGGACUUGGGAGCCUGCUGUGGUACGCAAUGCCACCUGCUGAGGCCGCUGUAUUGCUGUGUCUGAUGUCGUCAGCAGGUAGAAUGGAAGACCCCGCCCACCUUGGCUCCCUUCCCAGCCAGGGAGUUGUACUCUCUCACAGCCUUUUCAGUCUGAAGUACCACCACAUCUACCCCCUGCUUCUUCACGUAGUCUACAGUGGCAGGAGGUACCUAGUGAAGGGAAUUAUUUUCAGCAGUUUUUUUUUUUUUAUCCAAGAUGCAUUUAGUUUUUAUUGGUAAUUUCAGACAAUAAAGCAAAUGUUAAUGCAGCUUGCAUCAGCUCCAUAGUGAUCUGAGUUUGCUCCCAUCUGCCCCCUAUAGGUACUGCAGUGUAAUGACCCAGCCUGGCAUAUAUUCUAUACUCGACAUGUUUUUAAGGCCGCCUUGCAUUUUGUGCCGUAACAAAUCCGCCGUCACCGUCUUGUGUGGUUAGCCACCCAAAUGAGCAUGUGUACUGCUAAUCUGCGGACAGUGUACAGCCCGAGUUGCCGGCAGGGUACAGUAAGGUGAGGUUAGCUUCUGUGGUGAUACCAUGAGGAUUGCCUACCUGCAGAGCUUCGCUCAUACCCCUCCCAAUGACCAAAGUGUCCACCCCCUUCCUUAGCACCUCCUCCAGGUCAGAAGGCUGAACUCCUGGAUAAUGCUAAGGAUAUACCCACAAUUAGAUGGCUCUCUGUGGGCCAGUCACCUGGCAAAGGCCUAGAUGCCAAUAGAAAAAAAAAUAUCUGCAUGAGUAUAUCAACACUAUACAAGUAAAUGGGAGAGUCCCACUUGCUUACAUCAGUUCCAGUCUCUCUCCAGUCCCAGGUCCUACUUCCCCCGGGCCAGACUUUGCAGUCUUUGUAGGAGGAGGAGCAUCCUUUAACCUUCAUGUGACCCCAGGACAGGGAUGCGAUCUCUGGGGAAGCCAU